CGAUGAUCCGCCAUAUUGACGUUUGGUUGAUUUAGAUAUCGUUUGAGUUUCUGUGUGCGUAUUUAGAUGUAAACUCGCCCGCCAGCAGGUCAAGCGAAAGGAAGCGGAAAUUUGUACAGUUCUUCAGUUUUCAACGAAACGUCGUGUUCGCACGCACCACCGAGUGUUAGCGCAGCAUUUGUGGUGAGGAGAAAAGUGUGAAACAAAAACCAGAUCGCAUGGAAAGCUGCGGCCCGCGGAAGGACCUACUUUACUACCUUUACACAUGUAGUGCUUGCUCUUGAAUGAAAUAUCGUUACAGGUAUUUCUAUCGACAUCGGUAAUAAAGCCGGGCGUUCAUUUAACCGCAACUAAGCGAACGACGAGUCGAUUGCGGCGCUUUGCCAACGGCGUGACAUCAUUCAAGAGCAAAACUGUGUGUUCCAUCAAUCAAACCGCAAGCAAGCAAGCAAAGCCACUUGCGCGCCAUCAAAAAAAGCACGUGAAAAAGUGUCAACCUUUUUGUUAAGUACUGUACUGAUAGUUAAGCGAAAAACAGCAACAAAAGUCCUUUGGAAGAAGCACGUGUAGCCGCCGCCAACUCCUCCACAAUUGUUCCGCCGGCGCCUUAGCCUUAGCAAGAAGCAGGUUACGAGAUCAAAAUGAACGACUUCAUCGUAGCCGGGAAGUACCGCAUAAUCCGGAAGAUCGGAUCGGGCUCGUUCGGUGACAUCUAUCUGGGCAUUAACAUCACAAAUGGGGAAGAGGUGGCGCUGAAAGUGGAGAGCAUUCUCGCGCGCCACCCGCAGCUCACGUACGAGUACAAGCUGUACAAGGUGCUGACCGGUGGCAUCGGCAUCCCGCACAUCCGCUACUUCGGCCAGGAGCGCAGUUACCAUGUGUUGGUAAUGGAUCUGCUCGGCCCGUCGCUCGAGGAUCUGUUUAAUUUCUGUAGCCGUCACUUUACGAUCAAGACCGUACUCAUGCUCGUGGACCAAAUGAUCGGCCGACUCGAAUAUCUGCAUAUGAAGAACUUCAUCCACCGUGACAUCAAGCCGGACAACUUCCUGAUGGGCAUCGGCCGCCACUGCAACAAGCUGUUCCUGAUCGACUUCGGGCUUGCGAAGAAGUACCGCGACUUCCGCUCGCGCGUCCACAUCAGCUACCGGGAGGACAAGAACCUGACCGGCACGGCUCGGUACGCAUCGAUCAACGCCCAUCUCGGCAUCGAGCAGAGCCGCCGUGACGAUAUGGAGUCGCUCGGCUACGUGAUGAUGUACUUCAACCGCGGCUCGCUGCCAUGGCAGGGCCUGAAGGCGACCAACAAGAAGCAGAAGUACGAGAAGAUCUCCGAGAAGAAGAUGUCCACCCCGAUCGAGGUGCUCUGCAAAGGCUUCCCGGCCGAGUUCGCCAUGUACCUCAACUACUGCCGCAGUUUGCGCUUCGAGGAAGGGCCCGACUACAUGUAUCUGCGACAGCUGUUCCGGAUUCUGUUCCGCACGCUGAAUCAUCAGUACGACUACACCUUCGACUGGACCUUGAUGAAGCAGCGAGCGAUGCAGCAGGGCAGCAGUAACCCGCCGGCGGUUACCUCCGGCGAAAACAAACGCGAGGAACGGCGCGACAAAGACAAGCUGUCGAGUGACACGGACGAGUAGAAUCGAUGUGGAAGAGGAUGAGAUGGAUGAGGAGGAGGAGGAUGAUCAAGAUCGUUUAUCGAAUUGCUGAGCGGGGUAUGUACGACGCGCGCGCUAACCAGACGGAUGGCCGCCGAGGAAGAAGAAAAGAGAGAAGAUAUAGGAAGGGAAGGGGUAGGUGCGCGGAUUAGGCUAUACGAAGAUUAAAAAAAAAAAAGAUACACAGUUAAGGUAAGAUACCGCAUGCUCUAGAGAUGUAAGUAGAAGUUAAAACACCUACCCUAAGCUACUAAA